AUGUUAAGAAGUCGGAGAAACUCACAAAAGCCGGAUGAGGCUUUAUACACCAAUUUCAGACAAAACUACCCUAAUGCGAGUGCGAAUUUCAAGAAUAAUUCUUCAAAACACUUCACGAAAUUGUCUAUACCUGACCCUUUUAUUAAACAAUUGCCAUUCCAGAGGCCAGAUGUCUCGGGUGUCUAUACUGAAACCUCAAACCCUCAGGUCGAUCAAUUGGAAUCGACUCAACCCAUCGUGUACCCUGACGAUUUGAUUCCCUUCUCGGCCUUCACCAAUAUAUCCCCAUCAUGUACUUCCUGCAAAACACCCGAUGCAGUGCCGUCUGAUCAAAAUCAUCCGAUGGAUCUUUUAACUCAGGCAGUGGCAAUCAAUUCUCUUAAUUCAAAAGAUGCCAUAUGCACUUCGUCCGUCCACCCAUCUGUGUUCUCCAAACCUUUUGGUGACUCGAUUACUUCACAACAGCUGCCUAUAUCCUAUGGCAUAGGACAACCUAUGGGCGCUACCGAGAAGCAACCCAGCGAUGCACCCGAGGCACUGCUCCAAGAAUUACCCAGUCUAGGCCCUUUGGGCCAUUUUCCAAAUGCGGCGUAUAACCUACAAUCUCGCUAUGGAGCUCCAGGGACUACGUCUGAUUAUUGUCGAGGAUCUGAAAGUCCUAUAGAUGAUUGUGAUUUUGGUGACAAUUUCCGGUUUCAUUCCAUAUUGCAUGCUGCUACCGCAAUGGUACAAUGCCCAGAUGAUAUACCCACUACCUAUCUUAACAAAGGCCAGAUAUACACUUUGACUAUAACGGAUACUGGUGCAUCGAACUUUGAUUACUAUCCUUUAAAGUAUCGUACAACCAUACGGAUAACUUUUGAGGAAGAAAAGCAGCGUCUCAAACCGGCGAGCUAUUGGAAACUAUGGCAAGAAGGCCGUAGCGCAAACGGGACAUAUCAAGGUGAUAGUACGCCUCUUGCUGUUGAACAUGUCGACCAUAACCAGGGUGACGAGGGGAAGCCGCGCUAUCGACAAGUUCAGCUGGAACGUAACAACCUUGACGGAUUUUCCGUGAUAUGGACUCCUCGCAGAACCAGCGGUCCACUUGAAUGUGCUAUAUAUGUUCGAUUCAAUUUUGUAUCCACCAGCUUCAGCUACUCUAAGGGAGUCAAGGGAGUUCCGCUUAGGCUUUGUACCAAAACUGAGGCCAUUUUAUCGCCUCCCGAGAUACCUGGGACCAAUUACUCGGAAAUCAGUUACUGUAAAGUCAAGCUAUUUCGAGACCAUGGAGCCGAGAGGAAACUUUCAAACGACCUUAUCCACGUCAAAAAGCUCAUCCAUGACGUGAAGGAAGAAAUCUCUGAAACUAGUUCGGGAUCUAUGAACUGUGGCAAAAAGAGGAGAUACAGCAGCUCCGUGUUAGGUAACGGGGAUGGCCAUAUGGUAAAGACACGCAAGUCAAAAGGCCCCUGGUCGUAUGGCCAGGAUGUUUCUAUGAAAGGAUCCCUUGAAGAAGACCUCCGUAUAGAGCUCAACCGUCUGAAGGAGAUGAUCACGUCUAGGCGUGAAGCCAGUGUUCUCAAUCUCAAGGGUGAUCUUCAGGAUGACCCGGACCUCUUCCCUCUAGAGCUGGACGUACAACAAAACGAUGAUGAUAUACUUGGAAAAGAGCCCUUAAUGGAGAACAGAGCUGUCUCAAUAAAACCACAAAAGCAUUGUUUCUAUGUCCAGAAGCGCCAGAAUAACAAGAAGACAACUGGAGAGUACUUCCACGCAAUAUAUAUCGAGGAACUCACUGCAAAAGCCUUCACAGAUGCCCUCGUGAAGAAAUGGAAGCUAAAAUCAGCUAAUACUAUCCAUACUCUAUUCAUCCGUGAUGAUGGGCUGACUAUUGUUGCGGAUGAUCGUGCGGUGCAAGAGCUGCCGGAGGGAAAAGGGAUAUUAUUUGAUUUCUUAGAAACAGCCGAGGAAUCUUUAGGAGUUGAAAUGGAGCUCUACCCGGAUUCAGUGAUAAGAAAUUGA